AUGGGUAGAAGGAAAAUACUGCCAAAACCAGAACCAUUUCUCAAAUUUUCGGAAAAUCCAAGUUCCCUAAAACCUUACUUCACGCUGCGACGCGACGCAACAAUUCGCAACGACACUUUUAUAAUUUCCAAAUAUUAUUCUUGCAACUUACAAGUGUGCUGCCAAUGUAAAGUCAAACGGGUCGUUCGUUACCAAAUUAGAAGAGAUCCCAUCGUCGACUAUUUGUGUCACGACAACUGUUUGGAAGACUUUAAAUGCGACCACCUCACAUAUCACUUAAAUUGGCCCCAAGCUAUUUCUGUGGUAAAACCCUCCGCAGCCAAUGCUCCCUUCAUCAAACGCCACUGCUGUGUCUGUAACUGCGACAUAGACAAAAAUUACAACUUCACUUGGCACUCGAAGGAUUUCUGUAACGAGCUUUGUUUGCUUGAGUUCCAAAGCGAGUUUGGGGCGUUUUGCCUCGAAUGUGGCAAAAUAGUCCCUUUUAAGGCUCUUGGGGCCUACAGUGUGAGAGUUGGAGGUGAUCUUCGGCAAUUUUGUAACGCUGUUUGUUUGAAGAAACAUGGAAAAAAGUUCCAAAAGUGCAAAUAUUGUCUGCGGGCUAGACUAGCAAGUGAAAAUACAUUUUGUAAUCAGCAAUGUCAGGAAAGUUACGUCACCAAUUCGGCAAAAAACCCUGUUCAAGAAUGCAAGAAUUGUGGCAAAAUGUGCAAUUAUUAUAUCAAAUUUGAAUCGUUGGAUUUCGAAACGAGUUACUAUUUUUGUAGCCAAUUGUGUUUUUCGAAUUUUUGUGACGGAUAUGGUAUUGAUGCAAGGGCUUGUGGCUAUUGCGGCAAAUUUGUUCCUUUCAAACAAUUAAACAAAUUUGUAAUUUUUGUUAACUCUGGCUUAAAAUUCUUUUGUUCUAAGAUUUGUCGCAAAUUGUUCAUAGACAUGGACAAAAAACUAGUCCCUUGUAAAUGUUGUUCAGUGGUCAAACGAAAACAUGAAAUUAUAAGAAAUUACCAAGGAAGUAAAGUAAAGACUUAUUGUAGUUUGAAAUGUUUAAGUUUAGACAAAAAAUCCUUACUGUAUGCCACAUGUGACCAAUGCCAAAGAGUGACGUAUCAAAAAUUUACUUUCCCAAUGGCAGACUCAAGUAUUUCCAAAUUUUGCACUUUACUCUGUUUGGUUAAGUUCAGAUAUACGACAACAAGUAGCCAAAUUGUGUCUCUUUAUUUGCAAAAAAUUUUGGAUUCGCACAAUAAACAGAAUUGUGUGAAGAAGAGCAAACCUAAAGUGGUCAAAAAACGUGCGCCAAGGAAGCAAAUUCUAAGAAAAAAUAAAGCGAAGAAAAAUAAGAAGCCUCCAGGAAAAUCGAAAGAAAUUAAAUCUGCUAAAAUCGAAAUAAAAAGUUUAAAGCCUACGAAAUCUCAUUCCAAGCCCUCAUUUGAAUAUUAUCUUUCAGAAUCCGGAAUUGGAAUUACUACGUUUAAUUACUGGUUGGCUAAUGAAAUUGUAUAUGAUAAAAAGGCAAUUAAAAUGGAGUCUAGUGAAUUAUGCAAUGCUUUGGCCCAAUUUGUGAUAGAAAUUGAAAGGCCGGAUAAAAAUAAAUUCGCCCCUGAUACAAUUUACUCCCUGUGUUUAGGAAUCCAGAGAUAUUUAUUAAACAACGGUCGUGAUGAAAACAUUUUUUUCGAUUCAAACUUUAAAAAAUUUCGAAAGUGUUUUGAUGCAGUCGUAACCAAUGAAAUACCUCACGGAUUGGGGGGGAUAAAAAUCCAAGAAGAUUUAUUAUGGGAGACGAAACAACUUGGCGACCACAACCCUGAUGUUCUAGUCAACACUUUGAUAUAUCUCUUCACCAAAAAUCUCAAAUUUUCGACUGUUGAUAAACACAUGGGACUUUCCAUAUGUGAAAUAAAUUACGAAUUUUCACACUGCCCUGAUAAUAUAACAAUCACGUGUCGUGCACAAAACGGUUGCAAGAAGCGGAAACAGACUUAUAUUUUACGGCGAGAUGCUACAAAUCCAAUGAGGUGUCUGGUACGUUUGUGUCAACUCUAUUUAAGUCGAUGUCCUUCUCGUGUAAAAUCGUCUGAACGAUUUUUCUACCUUGAAAGCCAAAGAAUGGAAAAUGGAAUUUGGUUCAACGAAAAGCCUUUGAGACAUGAAGCUGUUGAAAAAUCUCUUAAUCUCAUGAGGAUUGUUAAAGAAUUGAGCGAUAUUUUUGAGUAGGUCCGUACUUUUUUGUUUAGUUAAAAAAUUGCAACUAAUGAUUAGUAGUUUUGAUAAUAAUUAUCAUUUUGAUUUAAGACGGCUUUAAUAAGCUUUUUUAAAAAUAGUUAUUUUAUUUUUAUUUGAUAUUGAAAAAUGUAUUAAUCUGAGGAUUAUUACAGCAUUACACAGGGCGACAAAAAAAGUCAUGUCGUGACAACUUGACAAAUUUUAUAUCAUUUUGUUUUGUUUGUUGUUUUGUCAAAUGCACUAAGAAAAUUCAAA